AUGACUUAUGCUGACAUGGAUGACAGUUCCUCAGCCGCCGACUCGGACGACUCUUUCAUUGGUGACGGUCACGCUGCAGAGAAGCAUGAGCCUUAUGAGAGGUUGGUUUUCCUUGUCUUCAUCGGGUAUGUAGUCUUGCAGGCCGCUGAUCGCGUCUUCAUGAAGAGGGUGACCAACUCAAUGCACGAUCCCACAUACAAUCUGAUGUUGUGGAACAUCAUCUGGCCAGUGACUACGCAGUUUUUCAACUUGGCAUACAUGUUGCCGUAUAUCUGGCUCAUGAGGCGGGCGGGCCACAAGGGGUACACGAGGCGUUUCCUAUGUCCGGGUAAUCCAACAGCAACUUCCGGAGGCCCGAUCCCGGUGUGGCAGCUUGGCCUUUUCUCUUUGGGGGACCAGAUUUGCACGUGCAUGCAGGGACCCUCCGUGGCUUUCAUAUCACAAACCAUGAUGACGGUCAUGUCUAACACUCUUAUCAUCUUUAUGGCCGCACUUUCUGCAGCUUUUCUGGGUACGCGAUAUAGGCCGGUCCACUACGCUAGCGGCCUCUUAGUCGUGGUGUCGGUACUUGUGGAUUUGUCGAACAAGCUGUCAGACAAUGAUUGCUCACCAGCAGGGACGCAAGAGAACAAGUGCCUGUACGCAUACAAAGGAGCUCAUGGCAUGUAUUAUCAGCUGUCGGCCGGGGAAAUGCUUCUGUGGUACGGCAUGUUCUUGCUCUCAAUUCUCCCCCUUGCCGCAAGCAGUGUCUACAAGCAGUAUGUGCUCCAGGGUCGUGAUGUGGAGGUCGUCUAUGCGACAUGGUGGUCGGGAGUUUUCCAAGUGCUGUGGGGAAUCUUGUGUGUCCCAUUGUUUUGGAUCAAGUUGCCUGGGCAGGAGCAGCUACCUCCGGGACAGACAUUCCAAGCUCUUCUCGACACAUGCUCUUGCAUGCUUGGCAAUGUGCCACAUCCCGGCGACGAAGCCUGUGCAUCCAAUCCAUCGCCAGUCUUCUGGUAUGUCAUCUACCUAGCCUUCAAUGUCAGUUGGGUUGUGCUCCGGAUAUGCCUUAUAAAAUAUCUCUCGGCGGUGUGGACCACAGUUGCGACAGUGCUCUGCAUGGACCUCACCAAUGUCUUCGGCAUGAUCCCCUUCUUGGCAGGAGGUGGGGCGCAGAUCAUGUCGCUGAACGAUUGGCUUGCCAGUGUGCUCGCAUCCAUUGCACUCUGGGUUUACAGCAUGGAGCCCGAGAUCCGAAAGAAGAGCAAGGCCAUGGCCGACUAA